GCGAAGUAGGAGGAAGUGAAGUAGUAGGAGGACUCCACCACCACCGUCGGUUGGCAAAUCCUGCGGGACUGCUCCGACGGACACCUGUAAGCACGCAGACUCCCUGCAGCGCCGGACGUACGGUGCCACGGGCAAGAGUCCGCCGAAAAUCGCCGCACAGAUCCUGAAGGAUCUUCGCGUGCCCGCGUCGAGCCGCUUCUCUUCCUCCGCUACGCGGAUCACCGCGCGAGUGCCCCGAGUGCCUGGUGCGCGUGUCGGAUUUUUCAUUCGCGGCUCGCGAUCCGUCGCCGAGACAAACAAAGAGAGAGAGAGAGAGAGAGAGAGAAAGAGAGAGAGAGAGAGAGAGAGAUAGAGAGAGAGAGAAAGCUCUGUCUGCGAUUUUCGAGCGCGCAGAGAUUCGAAGACGCGGCCUCGGAAGAAUCCUCGAAUCCCGGGGACGUUGCCUCUCGCCGGGACAACGCAGUGCGUCGCAGGAUCCUAGAAGAUUGCGAGCGCGACUUCGACGCGUACCCACGUGUUCCCCGGUCGCAGAAGCCCGUCGGCGCGGAGUUCUCUUCAUCUUCGUCAGCGACCGUCGCUUCUUCGUCGCGGAAGUCGCGGAGAUCCAUCGGUAGUCGUGACUCGCGGCGAGUUUCGCGCAUAAACGGCCCCGGAGUGUGUUUCGUCCUCGUCUUCGUCGGCCGUCACGGCCGACUUUCGGCCGCGGGGAUCUGUCAUCUGCUUUGUCGCGAAUUUGAAUAUUCGUUUGCAGGCCGCGUCAGCUCGGUGUUAACUUCUCAGACGUUAGCCGCAAGUCACCGCGUGCAAUCCGGGGGAUUGGCAAACUUCGUGUAUCUCGUGUUUCCAAUCGUGCGGUAAUCAGACUCGCCAGCUAAUCAGAAAUCCACGUCGAUGGGGAGAUUCAGUUUCCAGUGGAGUUUUUGCAUGCGAGACACCUCUUGAGACGCGCGGCGCGGCACGUCAGCGAAAAAACUGCUCCGUCUUUAUCGAUUAUCCCGAUCGCGCGGGAAUGAGAGGUUCGCGAGAAUAUCCGAAAAGUAGACUUGAUCAAUAAUUGAAUGCAACGUGUUAAAAUACGUAUAGUGACAUCGAUGUAGGGCCGAUCACUUCGCGUAUGCUCAGGAUGUCGCGGGGACGGUAAAUCAGGAGAGACGCGCGCUCUUUUCGCGGCGACUACGCGAGGAGAUCAAGACAGAGAUAGCUCGUCUGAGAGAGCUUCGCUUUCUUCGCGAGCGAGAGGAAAACCCGGCGGCUCUCGGACUGCGCGCGACCACGACGAGGUAGAGAGCGAUGGGCACGAGCAAGAGGUGCCGCGUCUUCGCGGAGCGAUUCGCGCAGCAUCGACGGACGGCCGGCGGUCUCUGAAGGAGAUCGUCCGCCGACGGCGGCAAAUCGUCUUCGCGGCUUCUGCCUUCCACCCGAACGAGAGCGACGAUGUUAACCCUCUAGAAUGCGAAACGGGAAAUGAUGCGGAUAAAGAAGCGAAGCGGUGCCGGGCUCUGGCUUCUGCUGCUCGUGCUGUUGGUUCAAGGUGGCGGAUGUAUCAAAUGGCUCGGCCUCGGUCGCGCCGGCGACAUACACACGUGGACCAGAGAGGCGUGCACCAGCGCGAAGAGCGCGGGUUUGCUGGAGAGGAAGCAGGCUAGGGCUUGCAGAGCCACGCCGGAUGUGAUGUCCAGUUUGGUGCAAGCCGCCAGAGACACGUCGACGGUGUGCCAACAGGCGUUCCGACAUCGCAGGUGGAACUGCAGCAGCAUCGAGCGUGCGCCCGACUACACGUCUGAAUUGCUCACAGGCACACGGGAGCAAGCCUUCGUCUACGCGAUGUCAGCCGCAGCCGCGGUCUGGCGACUCGCGCGAGGAUGCGCUCUGGGGAGUCUGGCGGCUUGUUCGUGCGCGACGCCACCGCGAAGAGAGCCGCCGUCACCCUCGGCGCUCAUCUCACCCUCGUCCUUCACCACCAUGUCUGUCUCCUUCGACACGCUGUCCGCGAGGAAUUCCUUCAAGUGGGGAGGCUGCGGGGACGACGUGAGAUCCGCCUCGAGGAUGGCGAAGCGGUUCCUUCAGGGUGCCACGCCGCCUGGUACCGGCGCGACCGCCAAGUUCAUGCACGCGGUCAAUAUGCACAACAACAGGGCGGGCAGGAGGGCAGUCGAGCAAUCCUUGAGCUUGGAGUGCAAAUGUCACGGGGUGUCGGGAUCCUGCAGCGUGCGUACCUGUUGGCGCGGUCUCGGCGCAACCGGGCCGUCCGCCGCCGGAAGUCGUUUGCUCCGCAGAUACGCCACCGCGGCUGAGGUCAGACCGCGUUCCGGCGGCAGGCUACCGCCUCUGUAUCAUCAUGAUAACCUGCUGUUCACCACCAAGAGCCCGGAUUACUGUCUGCCGGACAAGAAGAGGGGUAGCCUCGGCACGAUCGGCAGGCAAUGCAACGGCAGCAGUUCCGGCUACGAGGGCUGCGAGUACCUCUGCUGCGGCCGAGGACACGUCACCAGGACCGAGGAGAUCCUGGAGCGGUGCGACUGCAAGUACUUCAGCUGCUGCUAUGUGAAGUGCAAGACGUGCCGGAGGAUCGUAAAGACGUACGAGUGCAAUUGAGGAUGCGACGCGGCCGGUUGCAGGUCGACUAGUGUGCGAGCGACGAAGCUGAAACGAUUUUAAUUCUCUCGAGAGCGGAGGAGAGAGAAAAAGGAGAGGCGGGGCGAGAUAACGCAAUGCGUGGAAUUGAAUCCGCCGGACGAUCAAAGCUGAUCCGAUCUGAGACGAACUCGAGAACUAAACGAGAAUAUUUCUACUCGCAAGUCCUCGCGAGCGAGCGAACGAGCGAGAAUCGCGCACUCCGCGGCGGAAAUCGUGGGAGAAAAAUCCGCGCGCGCGCGCUCAUGUGAAAGCGCUAAUUAUUUAGACGAUAUAAAUUAUUCACCGUGAAUGUGUGUCGAGUCUGUGUGUGAGCUAUAACACGUGGCAGUACGUAAUAGAGGAGUUAUUUAUAUCGUGCUAUUGCUAUUUAUUCAACGUGUGUGUCGUGGCAAAGCCGUACGUCGCCCGUGCGUCGCGGACGACGGUAAUCCGUUUCGCCUCUCGAUAAUCGCGGAAUUAAUGUAAAUUGCGUCGCGAAGGGACCGCCGUUCCCCGAGCGUUAGCGUCGCUACUUCAAGUGUAGAUCAGAGCGAUGUACAUAGAUUGCUCAACUUCGAGAGAAAGGGCGAGAGAGAGAGAGAGAGAGAGAGAGAGAGAGAGAG